AUGAAUGUGGACCAGCAAGUGAUCAGCUACGAACUUUCCUUGCAGCCCUGGAAGUCUUUCAACUUCACUGUACCGACAGCUUCAGCUUACUGCCAGCAGCAGUUCUGCUUGAGAUGCAGCAAACCUGUCGAGUGGGACCCUCAAGGGCAUCAACAGUGCAGGGUGAGCGCUAUCAAGGCGAAUGGCACCAAGACGAUAACGAAGAUUGAGAUGUCCUCCUCCUUGUAUCAGUUUGACUCCCUUCUAUUCUGUUUGACCACACCGGGUAUCAACAUAUCGCAGAUGCAGUUCUCUGUCGAGAAAGUUGUAGAGGGAGGAACUUUGUUCAACACCGAAGGGAACUUCGGGGAGCUUUCAGAUUUUCUUUCGAAUGACGAAUUUUACGCGUCGUCGUUUCAAUAUAUGAGAUACGACAAUUUUUACGAAUCUUCGACGACUUCUUCCUUUGCACACAAGCUGGUGGAGCCUCGCGGCGGCGUGCCGAAUUGUGCACUCUUGUCAUCGACGAAGUGGAAAACAAACACAAGAUACGAGCUGACGAUAUCAAUUAGCGGCACAGCAUCCAAACUCGAGGAUUCCGAGUACAUACCUCAGAAUGGUGCUGGAUGGCUUUCCAUGUCCGUGAGAGGCGACAAGUUUGGAUCCAAAUGCGACAUUGCUGCGGAGCUCGUGAACAACAAUGGAUGCCAGUGGGGACUAGAUAACAAGACUGGUAACGUCUCCACGGACGGGAGAAUGCAUUUUUUGCCCUCUGGUAUGACGUUGAACGACUUGAUUCGAAAUCAGUCUUGUGUUGUAAAGCCUGGCAACCAGACUUCAGAACUCAUGAGUCAUCAGUAUUCAUGGACAAACUUGGGGUUGACAACUAGAGCGAAUCCUGCAAACGGCGUUCUAGAAUGUUGUCCACCAAAUUCGAUCUCUCAGCUCAUCGGCAACCAGGCGUGCGGAGCAGCUAUCUCACCGAACCCGAUAGAUGUGGACUUGACCAUUUCAGAUUUCUCGUUGCAACUUCCAGACAGACUCUGUAACAGGUUUGGAAGAAUCUACGAAAUCUUCAAACAGGGCUACUGUCCUUUGCCUUGCAUUCAAGACGGAAAUUUGGAUUUCACAAAGAUCCCCAAAGGAACUUUCGGACAGACCUGCAGCUGCAACAUCUCGAUCCUUGCAAACGAGUCGCAGUAUAAUGACGCUUACAUGGCGCGCGCCAUCAUGGAAGAUUUCAUGUGGCAGGCAAAGAGUCUCUACGACGAGCACAGCCUUGUCAGGGUCAAGAAGUACGUGCGUGAGAAGGGACUUGACAUCGACGCGCGGCGACCGGGUCAACCGACGCGGAGACGAGGGCUGGAGAAGAAGUGGAUCGACGGAAAGCCAGGGAAUGAGACUUUCCAGGACGCCUACAACAACUACAUCGACUUUAAGAUGCAAGACCCGUCUCAGCAUGUUGGUCUGGGCUUCCCUGCUCUGCGACCUGACAUGGUCACGAUGCAGGUGGUCGAAGAGCUGGGGCAAGUUGAAGACUUUGACACCUUAUACUAUGCCGAGCUGAAUGUCAGGAUGUUGGGCAUCUUAUUGGCAGAGGAGGCUUUCACACCUAUUAUUGGCCUCUUUAUGGCCACUCGCCGGGUGAGUUUUGAAAGCAGAAAGAAAUGA